AUGCCGAAGCGUACCUCUGCUGAUGAAGGGGGUAGAGCUGCUAAGAGUUCAAAGCAGUCUACACCCUGGGCCCAAACGAUUUUGGAGGCUGUGAAGUCCUUCGACACGGACAAGGAUGAGCACCCUGUGAAGUUUGUCAUAGAUAACCUCAAGGAAGGCAUCGUGGAAACAGUCUAUUCAUGGUUGAGUGACAUUGCCGGUGAUGAUGGAUCACUUCAGAUGCCCAAUCCCAGCCGAGACGAACCACAGCAUGGUGAGUCGUUGCAGCUCCCCUUCUUGGCCAUUUCUUACCAGCUUCCCAGUGAUGGUGUCCCUCAUUUCCCACACUGGCUCAACACUGCCACGGAUGUGUACCAGGGCGGGUACGAGAGCAAACGAGAGCCAUUUGAGGUACGUAUCCACAAAAGACCUGCUGGAUCAAGCUCCAUGCUGCGAGUCACUGUGGUCAAGGGAGCGGGACGAUGUUCCAUGAUAUGGUUCGGAAUCCUUUUCACCUACUUCAAGCUGAGGGAGGUCAUGACUGAGGCAGAAAUUGAAGACUUUCGCAGGUGGAUGCGUGGCGUGGUCCAAGUCGACUGCACAAUCAUGGAGCUCAGCCAUUCUGCGCAUCAUGACUGGAGGAGGCUGCAAGUCCAUGAACAAAUGGCUGAGCGCCAAAAGAAGGACCCAAUGCAGAAAGCGUUGAUCUUUUCCAAGCGAGCUGCUGCAAAGGUCAUUGAGGACCCAAACAAAUAUGGGAGCCCGACUGAUGGGUUCAAAGCUGCAUUCAUGGACGCCGUGGCCGAAUACAACUCCUAUGGCUAUGCAUCGACCAAUCCCAAGUACAGAGUGGAUGAUCAGACAGCUCUUGAGUUGUAUGGUUUCAAGGUCGGUGUGUCUGCUGAAGCAUGGACCCUGCUGGAACGGGACUUCCUGAAUGAAGUGAAUGCAUGCCUUUUGGCACGGGAUCCUGGCUUUCAGCUGCAUGAAACUAUUUUGUGGCAUGACAACUUGCAAACGAUCAAGGUAGAGCCUGGUCAACCGAAUUCUGCGAUGGAUGCUGCAGAUUCAAAGCUCAAUGCCUUAAGUGAUGAUGCUAGAAAAGCCGCUUGGGAGCAUGACACAUUGCAACUAGCCAGGGACUGUGCCCAAGUGGGGAAAAUGUUCCAAGCCAACGAGAAGAGCGUUCGUGCAGAGCGUCUUCGCAGAAUCACCCACAUGCGGCAGGAGAACUCCAUAGGAGCAUCUCUUGUGGAAUCCUACAUGGAAUCCCAUGCUCGGCAUCGCUCUGGUUCUGAACAAGAUCUCUUGUUGGCUGUGGACCAGUUUGUGUCAGCCCACCAAACUUCCACGGGCCCUCCUACUGCUGUGGUCACCUGGGCGGACCUGACCAAAUUUGGACGUCUUGGGACGAAAGACCUGAACUAUGCUGUGGGUGUUAUUAGCCAGGUCCUGUCAAAGCACCCCCAGAAGGCAGUUGGGCUUGUGCUGGCCCCGCACCUCACAAGCGAGAAAGUCCCAAACGGCCAACGCGGAGAAAUGAGGAGAAUAGAAGACAAACUCGACUCUCGUCAGCUAGCCAGCCAGCUCAUUACUUUGAGGAUGGAUGCACCGCCGUCAAGCAAGCGAGUGGCGAUGACGAUGUUCGGCUGGAUUGUCUGGCAGGAGGACAACCUUCAGAACAACAUGUUCAAGGAUUGUCAGCUGCUCACAGACAGGACCACCCGCGAGUCCAUCCCAUGGCAGCCCGAGACGGCGUACAUCGUCCCUUCGGCAGAGAAAGAUGCAACGCCUCACGCGUCCGAAGGGAACAGGAGCUUGUCCGACGUGCAAGAGGCAGCUCAACUGCUUUGUGGGGAUGAUGUGCCGGUGAUCCUUUUGGAUGCUCUUCUGGGGAGGCUGAAAUGCAACCAAUGUGUCGUGAUCAAUUGCACUCCCUACGACGCAUGUCUGGAGAAUGCGUGCUUGCGCUGGCACCAAACCCACCCGAAGAUGAAGGUACACCAUUGUUCUGUGUCUAUGCAGCCUGUUCUUGUGGACUAUGUCCAGAAAAAAAUGGCUCUGCAGCUGAUGAAGGAUUGGAAAGCCAACGACCACUGCAUGGGCGAGGUGCGAGCCUAUCAGCCCAAUCCUCCGGAGGUCGACAACGAGAUUGAUCCAAGCACCUAUGGCUUCAAAUUCGUUGAGGUUGAAGUCAGCAACCGCAAAUCGGGGUGGGACCGCUUCACUUUCUCACUGCCCCAAAAGGUGCGAUCUUUGCAUGCAAAUGAUGUUGUGUAUGGGGCCGAAUGGAGAAAACUUGUGAUGGACUUUGAGGAGAGGUUUGACUCAUCCCGAAGCACUCCAGUAGCCAUCGCUGAGAAGCCAACGGAAGCAGUCGCCAAAGUGCAAGUCUUGGAUUGGCCUACAGAACCGAAAUACAUAGAGGACCUUUUGGCCAACUACCACGUGGAUUGCAAAGCAACCGGAAGAUGGCCAGGAACAACCCUCUAUUUGGUGGAGUCCAGGGGGCGGAACGGAAAAGUCGAGAAUGUCACCGACAACCAGCCCUACAAAUUGUUUCUUGCAGCCCACGUGGAUUUGAUCAUCCCGGCUGAUGAGUUUGUCGUGGCGCAUGGGGCCUCUCGAUUUGCAAGGGCUGACAGAGGCCCUCGCUCACCAACUUCGCAAGGGUCCAUGUCCUUGCCGGAGGACAAGAAGGUGAAGCAGAAGGAUGCCAAGGACGCUCAGGACCAAAAAGCUAAGAAACCACUUCCGCUGACAGCUGCUGAAGGGACCCCCGAGACAAACCCUCGAAUGUCUACAAAAGAAAUGAAAGGGUUGGAGGAAAGCUUGAACCAGGCCAAGCAAAAACACAAGGUUGAUGAAAAGGCGGAACGGAUGGACCACCUCAAUGCAGCCGGUCAGUCGACAAGACCUAGGGGACGACCAGUCACCAAGCCUAAGGAGAAAGAAGAUGAGGUUGCGAAGCGUGCCCAUGGUCCAAGUAGGAGGUUGGCAAAAGCAGCACCGAGUUCAAAGUCUAAAGCCAGGGGAAAGAAGAAGCAGGAGUCAGAGUCCGGUUGCCUGGAAAGUGAGGAAUCAGAUUCGUCUGAGCAGCCUGAGCCAUCCGAGUCGGAAUCAGAUUCCGAUGAUGGCACAGUCCUGCAGAACAAGAAGGCAGCACCAACCGCUGAUGCUGAGUCAAAGAUUCCCAAGACCAUCAAGACCGGGGACAAGGAAAAGCAACCCAAGAUGGUGAAGGUGAAGCCAAGCACAGAAAAGGAAAAGCCCGAGAAGAUGCCCCGCAAAGUUUCUAAGGAGCCAAGAACCGCAAGGAAAGGAAAGACUGCAGAUGAGAUCAAGAAGACCCCAAAGACACAGCAGAAACGAGGAGGUGAUGAUUCCAAGGCUGAAGAACCAAAGAAAGACAUAGAGAAAAGGAAUGAGGAUCAUGAGCAGCCUGCAAAGCUGAGGAGACGCAUGAGAGAAGUAGAAGCAAAGGUAGAAGAAUCGGAAGCAGGCAUGACCGACGAAGAUGGAGAAAAUAGCUCAGGUUUGGUUGAAGCAAAGAGGAGCAAAGUUGAGGAGCCGUCCAAAAAGCGCAAAGGAGCAAAGGAGCCGAAGCCGAACCAUGAAAAGAAAGGAGCCAAGUCAGAAGGAACGACCGGACACACUGACAUGGAAAGCCCAAUGGAGAAGCCCAAAAGUGUCAAGGAGCGACGUGUUCGUUUCGCAGAGCCCCCUGAAGUUGAGAUUCCAGUGAAGAAAGCAAAGAACAGAGAAGCCGCAGCGGGAUCACGAGCAGCAGAAGGCCCCACCAACAGCAGCCAGAAGCGCAAGAGCGCAUUGAAGGCGAAGGAAGACGCACAGCGCCCUGAAGUUGAGAUUCCAGCGAAGAAGGCAAAGAACAGAGAACCUGCAGAGGGAUCAGAAGCAGCAGCAGCAGCAGGGACCAACAGCAGACAGAAGCGCAAGAGCGCAUUGAAGGUGAAGGAAGCAGAAGACCCAAAUGAUAUGGCGGAUAAACAGAAGCUGCGAAAGGAGAAGAGCUCGAAGGACAAGAAGGGAUCCACCCCAUGCACUGUCUUGCCAGGUCUGGCCGAAAGGUUGGCAGAAAGGAGGGCAAAGAAGCAGAGUGCAGCAGAGAGACCCCAAGAGGUGAAGGAAGUGAAGUGCAAGAGUCAAGACAUGACCGCCCACAGCGAGACACAUGAAGAAGAGAAGGAGAUUCCCGCCCACAGCGAGACACAUGAAGAAGAGAAGGAGAUUCAGUGGUUUUGUGUCGAUGAAGAUCGUCGCUCUGAAGCCUGCAGCUCUGGUCACUCCAGCCAGGAUGAGGAUCAGGAAGCUGACAGAAAGGAAAGCUCGGAUGAAGGUACUCCUGUUGGAAAGAAGGGCCUUCGUGGUGUCUACCAUGAUUUCCUCAAAACUUGCAUCGCAGAACUGAAGGCAAAGAACCCUGAGAUGCGUGGAAAAGAUGCUCUCGCAGAAGCGAGGUGGCGCAUUCACCCGCAGCGGGUGAACUCCAUCAAGCAUCUGAGCAAGUCCGAGAUCUCUCGUCGCAGAUUGAAAGUCCAGGUCUCGAAUCCGGAGGAAGCUGCCCAGCCUCCAAUUCCGAACUCUCCCAGCGAGGAUGUUGCCAUGGAAGACGCUCGCCAGUGCGAGUCACCUGAGAUCACCAAGGAAAAGGAUGAUGAUGAAAAAGACUUGGGUGAGGUUGAGGACGGGGAGUCCGAGGAGGCUGUCCCUGCUAGUCCUACUUUUGAAGGGCUCGACCCUGAGGAUGAUGAUGGUGAGGAGAUUUGGGAACCGAACCGCAACACCAAUGUGGUUCAUGAUGAUGAGCUCUCUCGCAUGAUCACCUGCAAGUGGACUAGUGACCUCGACGAGGUGGUCCUCGAAAUCCAAGAGAAGGACAAGCGCGCAACAACUGACGCCGCCAUCUGCACUUGGAGGGAUCUCCUCCAGGAAAUGGAGGAAAGCGGGAACGUGGACUUUACCGUGAACAGUGGUAAUGUCUACACGUUGACUCCGAAAGCCAGUGAGAUGCACUACACCUACGCCGCCCCAUCCAGCACAAAUGGGAUCAAGUACACUGGCAUGGCUUCGGUGUUCCCGGUUUCAGCGCCUCUGGCGCAAAAGAAUUGCACUUUUUUGCAUUGUGUUUUAUGA